CACACACAAAAACUCUCUCUCUCUCUCUCUCUCUCUCUAAUUUCUUCUCUUAUAUCUGUGCUGUGUAGGUCAACAAAACAACAACUUGACCCCCUCCAUGGCUGGUCUUUCUUUAGGGUUUGAAGCCCCUCCUGGUCAAAUAAGAAGGCACCGACUCUUAAUUGUCUUGUACUGCUGAUUUGCGAGCCCAUUUUUCGUUUUUGUUUCUCUAACCUUGGGACUUAGCUUUUCACUCAACUAUCAGCUAUAUCUGAUUGAGGUUAGAAAUCAAGGUGGGUCACUCAAAAUUUCAUGGAAUUGACGCGAGAAGCUGCAAAAGGGUAUUCUGAUCAUAGCAGAGAACAAGAAUUACUGGAGGAGGAAGAGGAUUUAGCUGAAACGAGUAACAAAGAAAGCAGUAAGCAAUACUAUCCCUUUUCUUCUUCAUCGCCACCAAAUCCAUGGUUGGGAAUGCUUCAUCAUCAUCACGAUCAUCAUCAUCAUCAUCGAUCUCCGGAGGCCACAACCCCUUGUGAAUCUCACAAUUCAUCGUCUGGGUUAGGGUUAUACCAUCAGGAUGCACCUUCUAACUCCAAUUCCGCUAUUAACAAUCCCAAGAAGCUAGACUUGAUGGACCUGUCGCUCGGCAACAAGGAAGAAGAUGAAGGCAACAAGCCUAUCGAGAAAGAGCACAUGUUCGAUAAGGUUGUGACGCCCAGCGAUGUGGGCAAACUGAACCGCCUCGUGAUACCGAAACAGCACGCGGAGAGGUACUUCCCGCUUGACUCCUCCUCCAACGAGAAAGGCCUUCUCUUGAAUUUUGAGGACCGCAACGGCAAGCUAUGGCGGUUCCGGUACUCCUACUGGAACAGCAGCCAGAGCUACGUCAUGACCAAAGGGUGGAGCCGUUUUGUUAAAGACAAGAAGCUCGACGCCGGCGACAUUGUAUCGUUCCAACGCGGCCUCGGCGAAUUGUAUAGACACAGGUUGUACAUAGACUGGAGGCGCCGGCCGGAUUACGCGGCCACCGAUCGUCAUCGCCAUGCCGCCACAAUUACACCGUUGCUCCUUCCAAAUCAGUACUCCGUCAGAUGGGAUGGUAGAUUGUACUCUCUUCCCGCGGUGGCGCCGGCGCCGGCACCGCGUCACCACGAGCAUUUCCAGCAAGCGAACUACAACAAUUACUCCUUUCAGCAACACCAGCUACCUCAGUACCAGCGACAACAUCACCAUCACCAUCACCACCAGCUCUAUGGCGGAAGUCAAGGAAGUUAUAAUGAGGUGAAUUUGGGAUCUGGGUCGCUUUACUACCUCAGACCAUUGUCGGCGCCGGGAGAUCGGACUUUGAUGGAGCAGCGAGAGGGAGGAGGCAAUGUAAGUCCGAUGAUCAUUGAUUCCGUUCCGGUAGUCCAUGGUAAUUCUAGUGGUGGUAGAAUUACUGAUACUACUGCAAAGAAGCUUAGGCUAUUUGGGGUGAAUAUGGAAUGUUCUUCGUCAUCAAACACAGUAGGACAUGUGCCGAUGGAUGAUACAUCGCUUGCCUCACAGAAUCUUCAGUACUUGACAGAAUUCCAAGAAGAAGAAGAUCCAAUUUCUUCAUCAUCAUCGUCAGCAUCAAGGUUUGCGGAUCAAAAGGGGAAAACUUCGGUGCUGUUUGAUUUGAGCCCGUCCUUCCAAUGCCGACAGUAGUGAAUCAGUGAUCAAAUUGAAACACUCGCUUUUGCAGCAUUAUGUUAUAUUUCCAUCAACCUCUUCUUUUCAUAAAAUAAUUAGUGUUUAAUUAAUUAGCUUUUGGAUUUUAGUACAUUUUGAACUGCUCAAUGCGCAUUAAUCAUAUAUUAUAACUAGCUGGGGUUUAUUUGGGUCCUGAUGAACUGGACCGUCGUUUCGCAACCAAGAAAGGCUAACGAAAUCCAUGGGGGAUCAACUACG